GCGACUGAGUUAAGAAAAUCUAACAGUCAUCGGAGAAAUUAAAUUUUCAUUUGUGAACCCUUAAAUUUUUGGCCACCAAUUUACUCUUCAUUUUCAAUAAGCAAAAUUAUAAUUUCAUUUCUGCAUAACAUAACAUUAGACGUAGGCUCAAAGGAGGAAUUUCACCUGGCUAUGGUAAAUUUCAAAGUUCCAACGUAGGUACUUAUGAUACUUAUCAUAAUACCGCCAUAAUCACAUUACAAGAAACGAGGUUGCAUGAACUGUAUGAUGAUAAUCUCAUCUCACUAAAGGACUUUAUUUUAUUUCGUCAAGACCGUCAAUGUUGUAAUAAGAAAAAUGGUGGUGGCGUUGCAGCUUUUAUUCACUCCGAAUGGUCUGUCUCUAAUAAUGUCUGCUUCACCUUCUCAAGUGACUUCAUUGACUGUAUUACUGUCAAAUGUCGUCCCAAACAUCUCCCAAAUAUAAACAAAUCUAUAUUACAAACAUGUACAUUUCUCCUAGUUGCUCUCCGUCUGAUCUAUCUAAUUUUGCUGAUGAAUUCACCAUGUUUGCUGCUGCCAACUUCGACAACUCUCCAUCCGUUAUUACUGGGGACUUCAACUCCUCAGAUUGCUCCUUUCUUGAAGCUCUUGGUCACACAAACAUAGUCAAAUUUCCCACUCGACUUGACAAAACACUCGAUCUAGGUUUUACUAAUGACGAAGGAGUAUAUGAAACACGUAGACGCUCACCGAUACUUAAACUCAGAUCACUGCAUUGUCCGUGUUUUACCAAAAAUAUACAGCAAAACACACAUCAAAGUCUUCUCACACCUGUCUAAGAAAGCACAACAAAAAUGCUACACAUCUGAUAACCUACUCAAUCUAAGAUGCAUGUUAAAAAAUAC